ACUAAACAACGAAGCAAAAAAAAAAAGAGAAAACAAAAAAAACAAAACGGUUUCUAAAUUAAUUCACCACCAUUCAAUUACAAGCUAUCUUGGCCGCCAAUUUCAUCGACAAGCACAUAGUGUUACUGCACUGUUCAACUAGGUACUCAAUCCCAUACAGAUUCUCUCGGAAUUUCCGCCCGCUACCAAAUAACAAGCAACUCUUCCCCUUCGCUGAAGAUUGGCUGGCUCACUGGCUACUCACUGGCUUUGUACUACUGUACCGAUUUAUUCACACCAAGACACAGACUUGUGAACCCCCAUCACUCGUUACCCUGUACCAAUUUGAUAUUGCAUGCAGAUUUCAUUUUUGAUUGGUUUAAAGGCCACGGCAAUUUACGAAACACAUCCUCCACUCAAAGCGGCGGACCCUCCAAAGUUCAAACGAAGGUCUGAGCAGUGACCGAAGAUAUGGAUCAAGAAAUCAAAACAACCAGCCGUAGGUUAACUAAGUUAACUAAAAGGCCACCACCAUCCAAAGCUAUAGCUUCAUUCGAGGCAAGACAAAAAGAUAAUUCAUCUUUCCCCUUUCAUACAUCUUUACGAAGUCAGCGAAGCUCUGGAAGCUUACAGCGAGCCCCGUCGGCACCUUCUUACCCCAGAUCUUACUACAACCCCCAAGGUCAUACCCGAAAACUCACCUCACCAAAUCCCGCAUCCAGUAAUUCGUCUCUCGAGCAUCAGUAUUCGCAUCCCUCUCCAGUAUUGGCCGGUUCAGAAUUCGUGCUUCAGCCCAUGGGCAUGGGAGGAGCGAAUGAUAAUCGACGUUCCAUUCCAUCGCGACCAAUAAGUGAGAAAAGUUCUGAAGAGUUUAUCGGUGCUCCCUUUGAUAGUUCUGGUAUAUUUAGUCACAUCGAUUCGGCAAAGUCUUCUAGUGCUCAAAAUACUUUACGACGACCACCACCGCCGACGUUAUCGCAUACGAGUCCGGCAUAUACUGUGAGCCCACAGUUACGGCAAUCUGCAAGUUUUACCGCAGGCGAUAAGAUGAACGAAAAAGCCCCUCCACGUGUGGGCGAGAACCAGCUCAUCAGCCCGAAAAGAUACUCUGACGAAACCAAGGAACCAAAAACUGGAAUGCUAAGAAAGAAGUCAGGUUUCUCUGGUUUUAUGAGCAGUAUCGGUGUUGGCUCGCCAAGAGGAGUCAAAAUUUCGGCACCUGAGAAUCCUGUACACGUUACUCAUGUUGGGUACGAUAAUACAACGGGACAGUUCACUGUAAGUAUCUCGAGUGACGAAUUGCCCCGCUUCAGAUCUAUUGCAUAUCUGACCGAUUCAUAGGGGCUGCCAAAGGAAUGGCAGCGUAUGAUCAACGAAAGUGGAAUCACGAAAAAGGAACAAGAGCAACAUCCGCAAACAAUUGUCGAUAUCGUGGGUUUUUACAAGGAGAAUACGGAUAAAGGUGGCGAGGAGAUAUUUGACAAAUUCGAUCAUGCAAAAGUGCCAGAGAUUGCGAUGGCGCGCCCUGUGCCGCCGCCAUUGCCAUUGUCUCCGGGCUUCAGCACCUCAAAUUAUGGCUCAAUUACCCCGAUGAUGAGUCCUCCAGCGAGUCCUCGAUUCCCUGCAAAUAACGAGUCGAAUUUCGAGAAUCCAAGAUCACCGCCGCCGAUCCCGCGCGGAACACCAAGUAUAGGUUCUCAAUCCAAGCCUGAGCUCAACGGAAUCAUACCCAACAGACCAGCCCCUAGGCCACCCGUAUCGAUGCAAGGACCGUCUCGAAUUGCACCCCCACCAUCUGCCGCUGGCAAAGAUUCUGGGAUUGGGAUGACUCGUCAGAGUGAUGAUUUACCGGCAUUGGCAUACGUCCCUCCGACUGUGCAGGACAAUGGUCCUAUGCUCCCAGAGGAACACAGGUCAAGGUCAAGAUCGAAUUCAAAAGUCAAUGGCACAUCGCCAUAUGCAACUUCAGUGCCAACAUCUCCACAAGUCUAUCAACAACAAAUUUUGCAUCACCAGGAGCAAGCGAUGCAGCAGGCUCAACAGGCAAUGAGUCGGUCGAUCAGCGUUAAGAAGCCCACUCAACAACCUACUCCACCAACACCUCAAGGUCAAUUUUCGGCGAAUGGUAUUCCAAACCCGGCCCAACAACCUAGACAAGUACCAGGCCCGCGCCCCAGACAAAGAACGCGACAAAGCACCGGUUUUGAUAUAGUUGCAAGGUUGAAGCAAAUCUGCACAGAGGGUGAUCCUCGAGAAAUUUACAAGGAGCUCACUAAGAUUGGUCAAGGUGCAUCAGGUGGUGUCUAUACUGGUUAUGAGAGAGGGACAAACCGAUUGGUGGCCAUUAAACAAAUGAAUCUCGAACAACAGCCAAAGAAAGAUUUAAUCAUUAAUGAAAUUCUUGUCAUGAAAGACAGUUCCCACCCGAAUAUAGUCAACUUUAUUGAUAGUUUCUUAGUUACUGGGGAACUCUGGGUUAUUAUGGAAUAUAUGGAGGGUGGAAGUUUGACGGAUGUUGUUACUUUCAAUAUCAUGUCUGAGGGUCAAAUUGCAGCUGUUUGCCGGGAGACUUUGAAGGGUUUACAACAUUUACAUUCCAAGGGAGUCAUUCAUCGUGAUAUCAAGUCGGAUAAUAUCCUGUUGUCAAUGGAUGGAAACAUCAAACUGAGUAAGUUUUCUACCCUCCGACAUUUGUGAUCCCAACCCUAAUGUCUUUUGCAGCUGAUUUCGGCUUCUGCGCCCAAAUUAACGAAGCUCAUAACAAACGUACUACCAUGGUUGGUACACCUUACUGGAUGGCACCUGAGGUUGUGACGCGCAAAGAAUAUGGGCGCAAGGUUGAUAUUUGGUCUCUUGGUAUCAUGGCCAUUGAAAUGAUUGAAGGGGAGCCGCCCUACCUCACUGAAUCGCCCCUGAGAGCUCUAUACCUGAUCGCAACGAAUGGCACUCCUGCUAUCAAGAAUGAACAGGAUUUGAGUGCUGUCUUCCGAGAUUUCCUCUACUUUGCGCUCAAGGUCGACCCAGAGAAGCGAGCUAGUGCUCAUGAUUUAUUAAGAGUAAGUUUAUUCCUUCACGCUAUCCAAGAUCAACCGAGGCUAAUAAAUAUCUUUUGUAGCACGAUUUCAUGAAACAAUGCACAGAACUCAUACAAUUAGCACCCUUGGUACGAUCUGCACGCAACGCCCGAGCGCAGGAAAAGGCCCAGAAGGCACUAUCAUGAUCUUCACAAAGUUAGAUCAUGAACGAAUGACGAAUUCAAACAUGAUGUUGGCGCUACAAUGUUGCAUUGGAGCAAUGAUUUGACUCACCCUGGCGUUCUAUGGCGAAAUGUGGCAAGGAAUGGCCUCACUUGCUGGUCGCAUAUAUUUGUUACCUUGGAUAAAGCACAUGAAGCCAUUACAUUACCUCUACUUUGUAGUAUUUUUUUGUUCUUUGGUUUCGGGACUCGUCAUAGAUUGAUGCACAUAGCUGGAUAUAUGGUGUGCAAAGCCAAGGGAAGCAAGAAUUUUUGUAUCAUGAGCGCUUUUUUUCGAUCGCAUCAUAUGUUAACAUUUGCAGCAAGCGAAACCACCUUUCAUCGCGAGCAAAAGCUUGUAUUUGCAAUUACAACGUUUGGCUAUUUUGUUCUUCUCUCAAGCCAUAACACAAACCUUUGUUCAAAUUUACUCAUUUUCCUUUUUCUGGUUAGGUGGAAAUGGAAAAACUCCUUUACAUAUAUGAAAUGUAGGGCUCUCCGUGGAGGAGAUUGGGAGGACUUGGAACCACCGUUGAAUUUGGAUAAAGACAUUAUGACACACAUUUAGAAGACUUGGUCGGCGGUGGAUGGUUGGCGAAUAUAUGAUAUCCUGAUUAAAUUCAAAAAAUUAACUUUUGCCUUUAUCUUAACGCUUGGAGGAAUAGGAUCGCCAAUAGAAGUUGAGGGUGAAGGAAAGGAAUAGGGCAUUUGUAUUAAUGGUGGAGCCUUGUUUGAUCACCCUCAUAGGCUUUUCUUAUGAGUGUUAUUUGGUGUGGGGAUUUUCCUUUGG